UCCUCCAGUGGCAGCAGCUCUGUCAAACUCACUCAUUUUGAUGGCUAUCGGAGUAUAAACAGUAGUUGUGAACACAGUUACUCGCUGUCGUCCUGUGGUAUGUAGUAACUUUAGUCUCUAGCUGCACCAAACAGCUGACAGUCUGCGAGUUGUUGGAGGAUUUGUAACUUGUGUCUCGGAUCUGCAGCUAAAAACAUUCAGUUCUUCUUUUUUUUUUUGAGCGCUUCUUCUUCUUCAGCCUUUGGGAAUUCAGAGAUAACUGAUGACUGGAGAACAUCUGGCUUUUUCUGGGUUUCGUGUCGGCGAUGGCGGAGAUUAUGCCGCCAGAGUCAGUAAGGUGUAAAUUUUUUUUCCUAUAUGAUGGAUCCAAAGUCAAAGGAGAGGGCGACCCUACAAGAGAGGGGAUCUGCUACUUCUAUCCUGAAGAGACCCCAAUAGAUCUGCAGGAACUGCUCUGCGGCCAGCUCGCUGGUGUGGGUCGAUGUGUCUCUGAGCUUUCCUCCUCUCCUGUUCGCAUACUGAGGAUGCGCCGCAGCAAGUAUGCCAUCCGCAUGAAAGACGACUUCUUCUGGGCUCUGGGCUGCUCAGAGGAAGUCCCCACCGUCAGUGUCUGUGAGCUGCUGGAUCAGCUCAUAAACCUCUUUUGUUUCUACAAUGGCUCCGUUCGCCAGAGCUACCAGCUCAACAGUCAGGUAGUCCUGGCUGCUAGAUGGGCUCUGUACCUCUCACACCUGCUAGCAGGGACAUCAGACCUUAAUCACAUCUUCAGCUGCUUGAGGACCAUCGACUCAACUAACGUUGACCCACUUCUGUUACUUAAAGCUGCUCUCAUUCUUCAGGCCUGCCAGCGCUGCCCUCUAGUGUUAGCAGGUUGUAUUCUCUUCAGAGGAAGAGUUGUGAGCACACAGAUGUCCCCGGAUCUCACAAUGAAGGUCAUGGUUCAUGAGAGUGAAACGCACCACAAAGCCCUGAAGCCCAAUGGACCGAGCACCUCCAGCUCAUUCGGUGGUGCUGUGAGCUCCACCACUGUGUACCUGACCAUGUCUGAACUUCAGUACCUGCAGUCUGCUCCUGUCGACACAGAAUUAAAGUUCUAUUCUACUCCAAACAAAGACGCUCCCCUAAAGAAGACCCGCCUGUCAAGAACGUUAUCUGACACACCCUCCUCUGAGUCCGAGCCAUCUGAUCCAAGUGCCUCCCAGUCUCCCCAGAAGGUGUCCUCCUUCAUCCCUCACCUGUCAUCGUCAGACAACUCGGUGUUCAGCCCGAUUCCAUCACAGAGCACCCCCAAUCCACUCCACCCUGCAUCCCCGUCCCUCGAGCCUCGUCUCUCAAAUGGAAAAAAAAACUCCCAUGAAGCAGAGGAAGAGGCUCUAGAUGAGUCCUACUAUCACAGCUUUCACAGUAACGGUGACGAAGGCAGCCGGAUACACGACGAAGGAGACGUCUCCGCGCUGCAAGAAAACUCAUCUCAUCUCAAUGGAGCAGAUGGAGACGCAGCUUGCGGGACAGUGUUUGACCUACGAGGAACAGAGUGUGGGAACGAGGAAUCGUAUGGCGAUGAGGCCAGGGGACAUGGCAGCGGGAACACAGAAGGCUACCAGGCUGAGACAGGAGAUCUCCCUUAUCUCUCUGAUGUUUCUGACAACGCAGAUGAGGCCCCGCUGGUUCCCAUGACGCUGUACCUGCACCGGGUCAAAGGUUUGGUACUGGCCCUGCUGGUGGAGCCUCUCUUCUUGAGUGACACGGCUUCCAUGGAGGAAGUGUAUCACAGCUGCCUCGCAUCGCUGAAUGGACUGGAGGCCCAUCUGAGGACCAUCUCUCCAGGGGCCCCAGCUGCUCCAGGACUCUCCAUCUUUGCCCAUUUUGACUGUAUUCAGAGCACGCUUACAUCCAACCUGUCUGGUCGACCAGGGGGAGCCCCGGAGCAUCCUUUUGUCAGAGCCAUAUCACUUCUUCACUCGCAUUUCUGUAACACUGAAACUCUGCAGGAGGCUAUUAUCAGGAGUGCUGGCGUCGCCAUCUAUGGAACUCGCAGCGUGGCCCAGGAGACUUAUUUCCUGCAACACGGGGGCUCCCUAAGGAAUUCAGGCAUCCCUAACCACCAGGAUAGUGCUUUCUCCCUGCCCAGAAAAGCUCGAGACAAACUACUGAAACAUGGGGUUAACCUGCGCUGAGGGGAGUAUUUUAUUAUAAAUCUUGAAGAAAUGUGCUGAGAGUAACGGUAAAGAGAAAAUUUAAGAAUAUGAUUUCAGGCUUCCUCUUGUCUUGUAGCUGCAGUGGUUAACAGAUGAUUUGCUAUAAUACACCAUACAGCGAAUCAUACUCAUAGCAGAACUUCCUUAUUGUUAUUGUUCUAUUUGUAUUAUAACUAUGAAUUGGCUAUUACAAUAAUAUUAAAGUUAACAUUUUUUUGCCACAGUAAUAAGCUUCUGUUCACACACUGCACAUGUUUUGCAACUUUUUGCAUGUUAAAGAUUCUUUCCGUUCAUCAACACUGAAUGUAAUAAUUGCUUGUUGUAUUUAAGAUUGAAUCCUUCAGAAAAUGUUAAGUUUACAGUUACUAUGCUUCUCCUUACUAUAAAACUGUUGAUUUAUUACUAUUUUCUAAAAAAUUAUAAUAAAUGCUUUUAU